AUGACCUCGGAGUGGGCGGGAUCUUCCAGCGAAACAAUGGUAUAUAAAGAUGGACUGUUUGGCAGCCCAGCUUCAGCACCAGUUGCACGCGAAAUAACCGCGAAGGAUAUUAAAACGAUGCCUCUCGAACCGAUGGAUGUAAUGUGGAUGUCGAAAGCACCACAAGUAAGUGAUUUGGUUGUUCAACCCGACGUCAAGUUCAAGUCGGUGGCGGGAAUCGGCUCUGGAGCCGUGAGCCCAAGCCUUCCGAUUGGAAUUGGCGCUGAUGAUUCAAUCCGCCCGGACUACGAUACUGAUGUCCUCUGGAAAGGACCAGGCCGUAUUCAUAAGGAACGCACUGUUUCGAUUGAAUCGACUGACUCGGAACUUGGAACGCGCAAAUUCUCGGUCUCGGAAGCAAUGACUGGCCCUACUUCGCCAGUCGACAUCACUCCACGUUCACGUCGCAUUUCGAUUUCAGAGAUGUUGUUCGGCUCAUCGCCAUCUUCCUUCUCAUGGGGAAUGGGCUCAUCGCCAACGAACAACAACAUUUCUGAUGGAAUGGACGAGCGCAAGAUGUCAAUUUCUGACGACCCGCGUUUCAAGGAUUUCCUGAAGCAUCAGAGCAAGAUAAUCGGCGACGAUGGAGUUUUGUCAAGUGGCUUUAAACGCAGCAAUUACCAAAAAGAAUAA